GUUUAGUUAUAGUUACUGUUAAAAUCGAAUUAUAUCAACAAAAAUCGAACUAAACUUCCGUCGGCUGAUUAAAUCCCGGCCACCUAAAGUCGUCGUCGCUGCCGGCGAUCUGACAUUAUAAACUCUCUUUUAAAAACCCACAAAUAAAAAUGGCGUCUUGGUUCGCUCGAACUAUCGCCAGCACUCUAGAUCUCGACGAACCCGAGCAACCAAAACAACCCCAAAACGACGACGUUAACCAACCGGAAGAUCUCUCCGAUGAAUCGCCGCCGCUCUCACCCAAUCGCAGCGUUAAAGAAGAUCUCUCCGAGCUUACGAAGACCGUAACCCGACAAUUCUGGGGCGUCGCCUCGUUUCUUGCCCCACCCGCCACCUCCAAUUCGGAUCCUCCGACUGAUGACCUGGAAGGAUCCGAAAUUAUACCCGGAAUCCGCAGUGACUUUGCUGAGAUUGGGGGGAGGUUCAGAAGUGGGAUUUCGAAGUUAACUGAUAAUGUGGCUUCUGUUUCAGAGAUUACGUCGAAAAUGGCUUCGAAUUUUCUUCAAUUGGGGGAUGAUGAAGAGGAGGAGAGGCAGCAAGGGGAUGAUGGUGCUGUUGGUGUUACGGAUGUUGUUGUUGAUUUUGUUAAGGACAUUACGGUGCAUCCGGAUACGUGGUUGGAUUUUCCUUUACCUGAUCACGAAGACGAUCAAGAUUUUGACAUGUCUGAUGCUCAGCAAGAGCAUGCAUUGGCAGUUGAACAGCUUGUGCCAAGAUUGGCUGUUCUUAGGAUGGAACUUUGCCCUGGUUACAUGAGUGAGGCUUGGUUCUGGAAGAUAUAUUUUAUUCUUCUGCAUCCUAGGCUUGACCCACAUGAUGCUGAAGUUUUAUCAACACCCCAGAUUCUGGAAGCCAGAGCCUUGUUGGCACACAAUAUUAAGAAGCCAACAAAUGCAAAUCCAGAGCAAGACUGGUCUAGCAGGGGGGCUUCUUACGUGAAAGAUUCCACCAACUUACAGGAUGAGGAACAUCUUUCUGCGUCAUCCACUGUUGCAUUAGAAUCUGUGCCCAUUGAGACAUCUGCUGUUGCGGUGGAAUUUCCUGUAGCAACUGUUCCUGAGUCUGAGACUGAGAAACACCCUAUUACAAGCACUGAAAUUGAAAUUGUUGACAAGUCUGUCAUUGAAGAAGAGAAUGUUAAGCAGAAUAAAGAUCAAAACUUGCGUUCAACUUCUGCUUCUGAUAUUGUAGAAAAUAAUGAUGAAGAUGAUGCUGAUGAAUGGUUGAAAGAAGAAAGCUCAGGAACAGGCGGUUCAAAGGGAACCACAAUCCCCCUUGAUAAUGAUGAUGAUGAUGAUGUAUCAUUUAGUGAUCUCGAAGAGGACGAGGGAGAUGCGGCAAGUUAGUGACUUGUAGCUCUGAUUCUUCAGCAAAAUACUCAAGAUUGGGGAACUAUACUACAAAAUCAACUGAUUCACCUAAGAUAUCAGUCUGGUCGGUAUCGGGCAUGCUGCAUCCGAGCAGGUGGUUGCUCAUAACCCAGAGAAUAAAGAAUCACAAGUGGCUUGACAUUGAUAAAGUUGAUGUGGCAAAAAUAUGGAGGCAAAAGCUUUGUUAUAUCUGUUUUAUGUUCUUUGUUGUGCUCCUAAUACGAAUACGCUGGUUAUAGUUUCAUGAAUCUGCCAGAAGGCUUUAGAAAUUGAAUUUACAUAACAUAAUGUGGAUCAUUUACUAA